AAAAUCAUAAUUUUGUACAAAACUUUGGUGGGUUUGAAGCCAUCUGUCAAUAUAACAGCAGUGUUUAGACACGGGAAUAGCACUGAAUGAAAUGAUUUAGAUGUUUUGUUAUUUUUUAAGUGUCAAACCCCCAUGUACAUGAUAUAAUAACAAAAAAGUAUUAGGAGGAAUUAACAUUUUUGUAUAGUGUGUAUGGAUGGGAUUAUUGCAUAUUACCAGUGUGCUGAAAUAGUUCUCCCUGUUUGCCAACUACCUGGCAUAUUUUGGAGACCAGAAAUUGAGAUUUUUAAGGAAUAAUUCACUAAACCAAACAGAGUGAAGUCGCCUGAUGCGUACAGUUCCAAGUCCACAGGAUAAGUUAUGUUCAUGUGUUUUAAGUGAUACACAAGUCCUGGAUUUAAUUCUGUGCAGACAUGUGGUUGGAUAAUUAAAUAGUGGCCAUAUCAGAUUCACCUGCUUCAUCAUGAAGAAACUGCAUUAUAAGGGCUAGGCACAGUACGGCUUUUACAAGGAUGACAUUGGGUUCUGAGCUCUGUUAGAUAGGGAAAGGAAGAUACAAGUUACCAUGGCAACAACAAAUGGUUAUGGUAACCAUGACGAUGGUGAGGUUGGAGAGCGGGGAGUGGAGGACAUGAUCAAACUAGAUGUUCUGGAUGAGCGUACCAUACUGGAGAAUCUAGAUGCUCGCUACAGCAAUGACCAGAUAUACACCUACUGCGGUAGUAUCCUUGUGUCAGUGAACCCGUACCAUAUGUUCAACAUCUACGGACUAGACAUGGUGAAACGCUAUGAGGGUCAGCCUAUUGGAGCACUGCCACCGCACUUGUUUGCUAUCUCGAGUACAGCUUAUGGCCGGAUGAUGAAAAACACAGAAAACCAAGUUAUCGUGAUCAGCGGUGAGAGUGGCGCUGGUAAGACGGAGGCAACGAAACUGACAAUGCAGUACCUGGCAGCAGUCAACAGGUCUGGGAGUAGCACAAUCACAGAGCAAAUCCUUGAGGCUAACCCACUCCUCGAGUCCUUCGGCAAUGCCAAGACCAUCCGCAAUGACAACUCUUCCCGAUUUGGCAAAUACAUCGAGGUUUUCUUCAAACAGGGUUCAAUAGUAGGGGCUCGGACCUCAGAAUAUCUUCUCGAGAAGUCCAGGAUCGUCACACAGGCCCCGGAGGAGCGCAACUACCAUGUCUUCUACGAGAUGUUGGCGGGAAUGUCAGGAGACCGCAGGAAACAGUUCGGGCUUACAAGCCCCGAGAAAUACUUCUACCUCAAUCAGAGCUGUUUUGACGCUGUUGGUAAAAUACAGGGUGGAAGCUGCACCCUGUCUAGUCGAGAUGACUCGGACAGUUACCGUAUGCUGUGUGACGCGUUCCAAGUCCUCAACUUCAGCAGACAGGAGGAGGAAACAAUACACAAAAUCCUUGCCGCUGUCCUCCACUGUGGCAAUAUCUUCUUCAAAAGAAUCAUGGUUGACAACCAUGACACAGUGGAGAUGGGCAGUUCCGCUGAGGUGAAAUGGAUCUCACACCUCCUGGAGCUCUCUGAUGACUGGCUGAAACAGGCUCUUACACAGAAAGUCACUGAGACAAAAGGUGACAGGGUUCUCACUCCGUACAACAUAGACCAAGCCCUGGAUUCAAGGGAUGCCAUCUCCAAGGCACUGUACAGUCGUCUGUUCACGUGGCUGGUAGAGAGGAUCAACAUGAUUGUGUGUCGAGCUGAGCGUGAAAAGUCAUCCUCGCUUGCUGUCCUUGAUAUAUUUGGAUUUGAGGAUUUCCAUGUGAACAGCUUUGAGCAGCUGUGUAUCAACUACGCCAAUGAGACCCUCCAAUUCUUCUUCAACCAGCACGUGUUCCGACUCGAGCAGAAGGAAUACGCGAAGGAGAAAAUCGAGUGGUCAAAUAUUGAUUUUCAAGACAACCAGCCAGUAAUAGACCUGAUUGCUAGCAAACCUGCUGGGAUCUUACAUAUACUGGAUGAUGAGUGUAACUUUCCACAGGCUACAGACAACUCAUUCCUGGAGAAGUGCCAUUUCCACCACAGUGACAAUGGGCUGUACGGGAAGCCCCGAAUGUCCCACCCUGAGUUCCAUGUCAAUCACUACGCCGGAAAAAUCAAAUAUAGUGUGCUUCACUUCCUGGAGAAGAACAAGGACACGCUGCGCAGUGAUGUCGUUGAACUCCUUUGUGAGAGCAAGAAUAAGAUGAUCGCCCAAAUGUUCAAGGAGAUGAGGGACCGUUUCAUCAACAAAACAUUGAACAAAGCGACUGGCCGGUUUGUGACCAUGAAGCCACGGACUCCAACAGUUGCGGCAAACUUUAGCGAAUCCUUGUUGUCCCUUAUAGACACAAUGUCACGGUGUAACCCCUACUUCGUGCGGUGUAUCAAGCCAAAUAAUGACAAAGCGCCGAUGUCAUUUGAAAGGUCUGUUGUGCUGGAUCAAUUAAGAUAUACAGGAAUGUUGGAAACUAUACGAAUACGGAAAAUGGGCUUCCCAGUUAGAGUCAAGUUCCAUCAUUUCAUCGAAAGGUAUCGUUGUGUGCUACGUGGUGAGCGGAUCCAUGUGAACCACCUGCCGACGGACGUGUGCCUAAUGAUCCUCAAAACCCAGCCCUCCCACCUUGUACACCUAUACAGGAUCGGCGCUACCAAGGUGUUUAUGAAGGAGGAGUUUGAGCACCACCUGGACAUGGAGGCGCGCAAACUGCACACAGAAGCAGCACUUAACAUACAGAAAUGUGUGCGUAUGUACUUGGCGCGGCGGAGGUUCCUCGCCACCCACCGGAGGACUCUUCGGCUGCAGGCAGCAAUACGUAUGCACCUCACAAGGAAGCGUUACCGAACUGUGCACCAUGGAAUUAUUAAAGCUCAGGCCCAGUUUCGUAUGCACAGACAACGCAAGACAUAUCUAAAGACACGCGAAGAGUUACACCGAAAACAAGAACAAGAGCAGUUGGCUAGGCAACGGGAGAACGCUCGCCUCAAAAUGGAGCGUGAACGAAGGGAGCGGGUUCUCCAGGCAGAGCAGAGCAUCAAAAACCUUGACAUUCCUGGGGAACUGGCCUUUGUCUACAACAAACUUGAUGACUGGCGUCCGGCACACAGCGACCGUCACAUCAUCUCGGUGAUUGGGGAUGUUGUUCCUAUGCAGUUCCAGUACAGACUCCCCACAGAUAUCAACUCACAUGCAUUUAGCAAAUACUCCAAUGCAUACUUCAAAGACCCUGACUGGGGUGUGGGUGUAGAGCCCAUAAAGUCAGCCCUUACACAUGUACAGGGCGAACAAAAUAACAGGCAGGCCCUCGCCACCUUCAAACUGAUCCUGAAGUUCAUGUAUGAUGGUACGCUGGGUGACCGAAAGGAGAAGGUACUGGCAGACUACCUUGUGCAGCUGGGACUGCAGAAUGAAGGCCUGCGUGACGAGAUAUACUGCCAGCUGGCCAACCAGACCUGGCGCAACCAGAAGAUUGCACCGGCGGAGCGGGGCUGGCAGCUCAUGGCUCACUGCCUCUCAGCUUUCCCUCCCAGCCAGACCCUCUUCAAGUUUCUACUCAAAUAUGUGUCUGACAUUGGAAUGGGUGGUUACGCAUGGUUCUGCCAGCAUAAGGCCUUGCAGUGCGGAAGCAUUGAACCACAGCUGUGCCGCAUCUACCCACCCUGCCUUCUUGAGUGGAGAGCAGCACAAAGGAAAGCCAACAUGGCUCUUGAAGUCAGAUUUGCAGACAAUGCCACAAUGAUUGGCCAUGUAGAGUCUUGGACAUCAGGGGAGGAGUUCUGCAAACAUCUGCUGAACCUGCGCGGUCUCCGUGAAAACAACCGGGGCUGGACCCUAACGCUGCAAGAGGAUAUGGACUACUAUGAGCUUAUGGGGCUUGACUAUGUGUUUGACCUUGUCAGUGAGAUGGAGAUCUCCCCAGGGUUCCCUGUUUGCCGUUCACACUUCCUUGUCUCGUCUGACCGCACUCGUGAGCCACAAACAAUGCAGCGAAGCCUUUACCAUGAAUCACCUCACAACCCUGAGCGUGAGCGACGUAUGGUAAUGGUUGGCAAGUUGCCAGAACCUCUCAAAAUUGACAUCACGAAGAUUGAGCAGCGCAGUAUGAAGCAGCGUGUUGUCAACGGGGAGGAAGCGGAGGAGAACGGGGUUGAGUUCUCUAUGACGAGUGUUCUAAACAAGCGACCCCAGGGUGUGAGUGUGGAUGGGCUCUCCGACACCAAACUAAACUUGCGCUACACAAAACGGAAGGCAGCACCCAGCCCUCCAAUCGCUAAUGGCCAUAUUAUCACCAACGGUUACAGUAACGGUGACAUUCUAGAUAGUAGCAAUGACUUGUCACAAACACAGCUGAAUAGGCGAUACAAUGGUCUGAAUGGUGAAGACAUUAGCCCUACAAAACUGAACCAAAGGUACUUGCGUAUGACCAAGGUGGCUGGUCGCCAGGGAGGGGCAGCCAAUAAAAUUGCUCACAAGCGAGAUGGGGACAAUGUGUCUGUGGGCACAGGCCAGUCAGACUGGUCACACUGGGUGGAGGAUGUGUUCAGUAAUGCCCUGAAUGAACAUGUGGAUGGGCUGUCUGAUGCCAGGUCUGUGGAACAUCGGCUGAAGGGUGGUGGCAAGGGGGCAGGGGAUGGUGUGCCCGGGCCUCAGUUCCAACAGGUGAGACAGCCAGGAAUGGGUGUCCAGAUGAAUGGUGGUAUCAACAUCCCCAUGCAGCAGAUGCAAGGGGGUGGGAUGAUGAAUGGGAGCCUGCCUAACAUGGCCACAACCCCCAUGGGCAUGACCCCAGGGAUGGCUCCACAACUCACACCCCAGCAACUUGCGGCACAGCAACAAGCCAUGCUCCAGGCUUAUACCCAGGCCCAGCAGCAACAGGCCAUGUUGCAGGCAGCCUACCAGCAACAACAGCAACAACAGCAACAACAGGCACAGGCACAACCAAGCCAGCAGCAGCAGUAUGCUGCCAUACAGACCUCCCUGCAACAACAGCAGCUUCAGCAGCUGCUACAGCAACAACGCCUCCUGCAGGCAGCACUACAGCAACAGAUGCACCAGCAGACAUCACAGGGUGGAAUUUCAUCACAACAACCAAUGAUGUCAUCACAACAACCAAUGAUGUCAUCACAACAACCAAUGAUGUCAUCACAACCAAUGAUGUCAUCACAACCAAUGAUGAUGUCAUCUCGAGCUGCAUUUAGUCCAAACACUAGCUUUAAUGCACCACAAGGAGGACUUCCAUUUGCUCCUGGUCAGAGCACCCAGUCAACAUUCUCAUCCCAGAGCCAACAAACACGCAUGGCUGCUCCAGUCCCCGUCAGCAAUACAGUGAGUUCCCAGCAGAUGCCCAUGACAUACCAGGCAGUGGAGACCAGGGAUGUGACUGAUGGAGCCAGCGGACCUAGACGUGUGUUUAAAUUUCGACAACAGUUUGAGAAAGAGACUGUUAACGGAAGUCAAGCCCAAGAGCGGGUUCCAUCUCCUCCACCACCUCCACCAAAUCAGUUUGCAGACAUCCCGCGGAUGGCCCCCGCCCCACCAGCUCCACCCCCACCCCCUCCUCCCAAAGAGCUACCCCACGUCUUUGACUCUGACAAAGGGACAUUCACUUUCCGGGAUCGUAAGGGUCGGGCACGCACAGUGAGAAUCGGGCGUGUUGUGUGGCCACCACCGCCAGACAAGGAGGAGAAGCAUACUCGGCAGGUCGGGCGGCUCGAGAUUGACGAGAAGGUUCAACGUGAGCUAGACGAGAGAAUGAGACCCACACAGCCCAAGUUGGAAACCCCUAGACAGGAAAAGAAGCCUGAGCCGGCUCGUAAGAAGCAACAGCUGGCAGAGACUGUGCACUUGGCUACACUGCAGCUGCUGGAGGAGAAGAUGGGACAUAAGGAACCGCCAAAACCUCCAACUCCACCCCCACCCAGGAUUGAGACACCACCACCCCCAGUGAAGCAGCCGCCUCCAAAGGUGGUCCAUGCAACACAAACCCAUGUGAUCAAAGAGAUAGAGACCCAGACAGAGGAGGCCCCACCUCCGGAGCGUGACGUGAUUGACUACCGUGCCCUGGAGCUGGUCGUCACGGAGCUGUUCACCCAAAACAAGGACACCUUCCUCACCUACAGCAACGUACCCUGGACACUGCACGUCAGGAAAGAGGUGUUUGUUCCUGGUGAAAGGCUGGACAACCCACUGGCGCUGCACCUUGUCUUCUGUCAGGUGGUACAGGAUGUCUACAACAACGCCUGUAUACGUAUAAAUAAGGAUGAUCGCAUCAAGAUGCGGGGCAUGCUGGAGAGUCAUGGAGUAAAUGCGGGUAACUACCUGUCAGGUUCCUUCAAGAACCAGGUGAAGCGGAUCAUUGUGGACACGGCCAAGGAGUGGCCAACUUACUUCUGUAGGCUCUUCCCAGUUGCUUCGAGUGGCCACCUGGCUGGGGUUCACUAUGUUGGCAUAAGUCACUCAGGCAUCUACCUCGUACAGAGGGUCAAAUCCCUCGUUGAAGAUUACCUUGACGUCGUCGAACACAUUAAGUACGAGGAUGUGGUAGAUGUUGUAAUGCCGUCUCGGACGUCAAUACAGAUCAGCACAAAGAACAAGCCAUAUGUCUUCUAUACAAACCGUGCCCAACAAAUGAAGGAUAUGUUGGAUGAGUACCUCCGUGCUUCAGAUAUGGUGAACAGUUACGUUGUGGCAGUAAAAGAUUAUCUGACGAGUGAGAGUACUCUGCUCUCCUUCCGACGUGGAGAUGUCAUCAAACUCAUGGACGCUGAUGUUGACGAAGGUCAUGUAAAGCGAGGUUGGCUAUACGGCAUACUGAAUGGUGUGGUGGGGUAUUUCCCUGCAGAACUUGUGCGACCUCUGGCAAGACAUGAGGUUGAAGUUGCACGCAAAGAAGCCGUCGAUCGAACACAAAGCUUCCGGAGUCAGCAGCCAGUUGGCCACAUCUCGGAGACCACAGUUCAGCGGGUCAUACAUAAGUCACACAACACCAGUAGGGAAAAUUCACGAGAGAUGGUGCGUGAUUCCCCUAUGUUACGUGAGGCUCUACCGGCUCCCGACAACAGGAGUGAGACGAGCCAGGGGACUGUCGUUCCCGACGGCAAGUUCUCCAUGAUGGAGUUCGCUCUCCUCUCCUACCGUGAAAGCAUGGAGAAGUACGAGCUUGCGCGGGCCAACAACGAUGGUUCUAUGUACGGCACUGUUAAGUCCAUAGAAAAACUGAAACUGCAUAACCUGCACAAGCAUGAGAACAAGCGACGCAAAGGUUCAGGAGACUGGACAUGGAAGGAGCAGGCAGACAUGGUCAAGUGGACACGGUCGCCAAUUCAGAUGUCAUUGCUGAAACUUGAGAGCCAAGAGAUGAACAAGAAUGCAACUGAGUGCUUCAUCUGUAUCAUGAAGUUCAUGGGAGAUUACCCGAUGGCCUCAAACCAGAAUGAGAUUGAUUGUGCCCUGAAAGUUCUGCGGUUCUGCCACAAAUACCCUGAGCUGAGAGACGAGGUCUACUGCCAGCUGUGUAAGCAGACGACAAACAACCGCAGCAUGAAACCGAAAAGUUGCAUCAUGGGUUGGCGUCUGUUUGCCAUUGUUGCAGCGUAUUGCGACUGUUCGGAGGCAUUGAGACCAUAUCUGUUUAAAUAUCUGGAGACUACAGCCUCAGACACUCAGCGAACCUACAGCGGGGCAGCUGCUAUAUGUCUGCAGAACCUUAGAAAAACGUUUAAGUACGGCGGACGGAAAAAUGUGCCAUUGAAGGAAGAGAUCAAUGCCCUGGCUAAUGGGCGUAUUUCAAAGCGGUUCCAUUUCUGCUACAGCGGAUCAGAGAGGGAGGGAGUCAUUCACAUCAGGCCAUGCACGGUUGUGCGUGACGUGGUAGAAGAUAUUGGUAACCGUAUCGACAUAAGCGACCUUGUUGAGGUUGAAGAGUACACAGUAUUCCUGCGCACACGUGAGGGCUCCUUCUCCCGUCUCCGUAAUGAGGAGUACAUCCUGGAUGUGACCACAGAGCUGCUCCGGACCAAUACAGACUACGACCUUGUCUUCCAGAGGACAGUCUGGUACUUCCCAGUAAAGACCACAGACAACCUCCUCUACAAUGAACUCAUGUACUUCCAGACACUUCCAGACUUUUUGGAUGGUCUCCUUGUGGUAACCAGAGAUGGAGCACUUAACAAACAAUAUGAGCGGGAUAUUCAGUUCCUUGCAGCCCUGAUGCACCGUGCGGCCGACCAUGUCAACAUGCCAACCAUUCGUGAGUUGGAUCACCUGUUGCCCGAGAAUGUGCGACUGAUGCCAAGCUACAACAGCCAGUACUGGCUCAACCGCAUACACGAUGAGAUGAAAACCAUCAUGCGGAGAACAUCACCAGAGUGUAUGGCCAAGUUUGUUGAGGUGCUGUCCCACUGGCCACUGUUUGGAUCCACAUUCUUCAGAGUAAAGAAGGUGAUGGUCCAGCCAGAGUAUGGGGAGUGUAUACUGUCCGUGAACCAGGCCGGCAUCAUGUUCCUGGAGCCCAGGUCACAUGAAACCAUACUGAAGUACACUUUCGGGGAGGUGUUGUCAACACGGCGUUACCGUAGUGACACCAACCAGAACUAUUUAGAUAUGAAGCUGGGCAACCUUAUGGUGCAGAAGAUUGUACGCAUUGAAACAGAACAGGGCUCGGACAUCUCAAAUCUGAUUGGCCAGUACAUGCAGGUGAUUAAUCGACAUCGCAAACGGCCAACAGAGCGGGGAGCAAUUACUGCACCUUACCAAACACCACGCGAAAUUUCAUAUUGAUGAAACCUACAUAAUCAAAGGCUAAACAUUGAUAGAUUGUUAUAAAGAACAUGUAAUCAGCCCUAAGAUGGGACAAUGUUAUGUAGAGUUGUUUCGAAUAUGUUAAACUAGUGGUUUAAGUAUAACAUGUUGAAGUUUGUCUAGAUCAUAGCAUGUUGAAAAUGUAACCUCUAUGUGUUCAGGUGUGCCUUGUCAUUCUUUAUGUCAGAUAAAAACAUGCAUCUGAAGUUAAGUAAAAGUGCUAUGACAUUAUUUAUUGCAAAACAUUCUUGCAACUGCCCUCAAGAAAACAGAACAUGUAACUCUGUUUCAGAGACAAAAAUAAUGUACCUGAAUCUUGUGAGUUAACUGUAUGUAUAUAGGUGAACUGUUGUUGAUGUAACAUUCCCUAUCGCCAACAUAUCGCAACUAAAGAAACUGCUGAUUUUGUAACUAUUUUAUAAACUUUAGUGAUAGCUUUAUAAUCAAGCCUAGCUUUGUAUGUACAUGUACAUAUCAUAGUGUAAAUUUAUAUGCAACAUAUCAUAAACCCUGUAAGUACAGGUACCCUCUGUAUAUUACUGAUGUUUAAAUAUAUAUCUGUGAUUUGUUAAAAAUCAAAAUUAUAUCAAUGUUAUGAAAUAUGUCUAAAUUCUAUUGUUUUUACAGCAUUGCCUCAUGGUCCAUAUCAUUUCAUAUUUUCCUUGAUUGUCAGGUAAAACUCAAAAUCAUUCAGGUUGAAUAACACUGGAACAUGUGAAACAGUUGCUUAGGAAAUAUUCAGUGAAGCGUCUUAAACGAUGGCACAGCAUUCCUCUAUGUUGUUUCAAGGUCAUGAGCAUUCCCAUAAUCAGCUCUUACAAACGGUCGUGGUGAAACUUGUUGUUUUUUGUUACUUUGUAGUUUGUAUAUGUUGUUAUUUUUUCAGUAUAAAGUCUUUUUUGUUAUAUUAUAGAAGGGACACAAAUACUAAGCUUUAUUGAGGUUUAUGACUCAAACUUUAUGUUAUGGCUUACUUCAUCUUUUUAUAUUUCUGUAUUUUUUAUGCUGUUGCAUGUGGGGUUUUGGUGAACCGAACUUUUGGACACAAACUGCGUGUUCUUACAUAUCUUUUUUCUGUUAAAUAUUUGUUUAUUGUUUUUGUGGGGUUUUGAGAGUUGUUAAGAAUAACAAAGUAUUUAUUUGAAAAAUAUCAUAUGUAUUUCAUAUGAAGUGAUUACAAUUACUUAAAUAAUAUUUUUCUUUUAUGCUUUUCGUUGUAACCUGGAGUUUCAUCAGUUAUUUAUCUUGCUUUCAUCACGCCUGAAAUAAAAAUAUCUAUUCUUUAUAUUUUGCAUUCUUAUUUUAUGGGCUCGGAUCAUUAAAACAACUGAGAAAUAACAGGCAAGCUAUUUUUCAAAGUUUUGAUUUGUAAGGUUCAUGUACAUACAAACAUUAUUUAUAUUACACACUACAAGAAUAAAGCAGGAUUCCAAUAUAUAUUAUAAGGAACUUAUUGCGUUAGUCUAUACACAAAUAUAUUUAGUUUUGUUUAUGGCGUUAUGAACAUAGCUUUUUGUGUUUUGAUUUUAAGAAUGUUUGAUAUUCAUUCCCGUUAUUUAUACAUUCCUGUGUGUUUUCUCUGGUUAAGGGUGCCAGUUUCAACUUGGAACUGGUGUUGUUGUUACUAGUGUUGUUACUGUUGUUUCUGCCUGUAUGUUACCUCGGACAUUCUGUAUAAAUAUGUACAUGUAUGUAUAAAGCUGUUUUGGCCGUUGCCAGUGUAUUACAUUGUUGUGUGGAUAUCAUAAACAGACGACUAGCUGCUGCCAGCUGCAUGUUUAAAGUCUCCGUAUAUUUACAAAACAAAUGAGGCCUUCGCAAAUGGCAGUUGGUUUUGAUUUUGUACAUGUAGCUAUUUUUUCCAUGUAACUUGGUGUGCCAACGUUGUUUCAGCAAUAUCUGAGCUUGUAAUGUGGGGGUUAUUUAAAGGUUACAGAUUUAUAACAUUUAGAUGAAUGCAUCAGUGGGUUUCUGUGCCUCCUUAAAUACAUCUAUAUAUAUCACUGUGAUUUUGCUUAUACUAAAAAGAACUGGAGCCAAUUUGAUUAAACUUGUAUAAUGUGUUUACAUGUUAUCAUUUGGCCAGUUUGCACAUUUAAAUGAUUUCAUUGGUCAAUAGGAUAUAUUGGAUUACUAUUGGUCAAUCAAUUAACAUUAAGCUUACUUUGACCAAACCAAAGAAUUAUUCAGUUUGAUACAAAAUUGGCUACUACGGUUUAUAGUAUAAACUUUAUACUUUGAAGUUAGUGAAACUACCAUUAUUGUGAAGUCUUCUAUAGAAAUGUCGCGCAUUGACUUUGGGUUGCACAUUGACUGGGGUCAACGUUUUGUGCCCCCCCCCACACAUUUUGUUUGUAAAUAUUUGUGACUGUAUCACAUGUAUAGAUAUAAUGUAUGUGCAAUUAUUUUAUAUUUGAUCUGAACAUGUAAGCAAUUUGCAUAUAUAGCGACCUGCUUAGGUGAUAAAUAUAUUUUUAUAUGGCAAAGAAAAUAUAAUAAAGUAUAUUAUAUUUAUUUUGCCUUUGCGUAUUAUUUUAUUGUUUGGCCUUACAUUGUAAAUUACUUAACCCAGCCCUGUGUAAAUACGCUAUAAUUAGCCAUGAUUAGUUUAUACUACAUUGUAAUUUACUUGAACUAGAUCAUGAUAAAUGCUGAUGACUUA